ACCGCCCGCCGCGUUUUCCACACCACCGGGGUUGUGAUGGAGCCACAUACGGCUUUCGCCUUAAAGGAAGAACGACAAGAGCUCGCGCGCUGGCACGCGAGGCACACGUGCCAUGCGAGAAUCUUGCUCGCGCAUUCGAACACGCAGCUGAUCGUAGCGGUCGCACCUUGCAGCGUCGCCGAAAGGAACGCCAUCGGCCUAAACCCAGUCGUAGGCAUGGGAAUUCACCCUCUCCUCCAAGGAAGCGUAUCCACCUUCUCGGAAGAGUCGCCGUCCCACAAGACGUGUUCCUCGAUGGCAGUCGUCGCAGGUCCAGUGGGGCCCAACGAUGACUCGUCGUACGCGUUCAGCAACUUGGACAUCGAGGACGUCCUCCCAGACAAUCAAAACCUUGUGCUCAAUCCUUGGAACAAGGCCGAUGAACGCACUUGCGGCAGCCUCACAGGACAUCCCAGGAGGCUUUUCCCGAGGGCUGAGUGGGACCCGCUCGUUGAGAUGGGCCUCAAGGACACCGUGCCUCAGUGCAACACCAAGCAAGCACCAUGCACUGUGCGAGGAGCCCAGCACCAGACGGUGGUAGCAUCGAAGGGCACCGGACGCCGCCUAAUGCACAGUUCCGAUCAGCCGAGUACGAGUGGAGUGGAGGCUGCUGCGAGCAUGAUUCGCCAGGUCGACGAGUGUGACGCAGUGGCCUCUCCAGAGAACAACCUCGACGUGUUGGGCUGCAGGCUACGUAUCCACCCACCUGACAGGCUGCCGUGCGCGUCGACGAUGCUGACCUCAAUCAAGGCUGAGAGCAACAGCGGCACGGACGGCGUGGCAACUCCGAGCAGCUGCCUUUGGAGGCUACACGCGAGGUUCACCCCGGCCAGGGUAGCCGGCAGUUCGGCGCUGUUCGCGCGGAACGGCGCACAAUGGCGACAGGACGCGUCCGUCAUCUCGUGCAGCGUCGAACUUGCAGCGGCUGGUUCUGUGGCGGCACCCUGUCCCGGCCGCUGCGUGACAACAGGACCAGGCUCUGAAGCGGCUUUACCGUCAGCUCAUCUGUGGCUAUCUAAACUCAGGAGCUGAUGGUGCAGUCGCUGUUGAUCGCCUGACCAGCGACAUCACGUGAUUCUCAUCAGUGGCACUGUGGCUUCCCUAUAAGUGUGGAAGAGGAUUCAGGGCCUUUUCAACGCUGAAGUGCAGGUCUGUUUCGGCAGGGCUCGCGCUGGAGGCCCGCGGCAACCGCUGCGGUCUAGCCUGCGCGCUGAUGCUGAUAUCCCGGGACGAUCUUGCAGGGAGGGAUCUUGCAGGGAAGCGCCAGUGUUUUUGCUUCCGUACUUUGAUUGGAUGCUUUCAAUGUAUUUGUGUGACUGUGUGGUGUUUAAAUACAGAUUAUUGUGAUUGAAGUGUGCGGCUACAUAAAUCGAUUUCAUGAAGAAGCUCCUAGCUCGCCAUGGUAAUGGGGAAAAGGAGGUAAGCCCUGUAGUCUAUAAUUCCUUUCUCACUCUCAUUCGGUCUUUUGGUUUCCUUUGAAUUACUAGUAACAGGAUGAGAUCCUAAUAAAUCUAAAGGCUACAAAGUCAU